GAGCGAAGGUGCGAGCGAGAGAGAAACUUUCGUAGGGAAGCAUGGAGGUUACGGCAUGUUAGCUGAAAAACUGAUACUUUUAUGGAAAAAUGAUGAUUUCGUGUAAAAAUUUAUUCGUAUUCCGGCAACUGCCGGCGGUGCGCAGCUUUCUGGCUUCCACCGCCUGCUCCGCAACCAGUGCCACCGCCUACCGAAGCCUCUCCAGCGUUUGGAAACCGCCGCGGAGCACAAAUCCGGUGAGGGAGACUUCAGCACGACGCCUGCACACCACGAGUAAUCUAUUCGGUAAGGACUACUAUAAGACCCUUGGCGUGGCCAAGAACGCCAACGGCAAGGACAUCAAAAAGGCCUACUAUCAGCUAGCCAAGAAGUACCACCCGGAUACGAACAAGGAGGAUCCGGACGCGGGCCGCAAGUUCCAGGAAGUCUCCGAGGCCUACGAGGUUCUCAGUGAUGAGCAAAAGCGCCGUGAGUACGAUACCUAUGGCCAAACGGCGGAGAACAUGGGUCGCCAGGGCGGCGGAUUCCCCGGAGGAGGUGCUGGAGGUUUUGGACCCGAGGGCUUCUCGCAGAGCUGGCAAUUCCGCUCGAGCAUCGACCCGGAGGAGCUGUUCCGUAAGAUCUUCGGCGAGGGCAACUUCCGAACGAACAGCUUCGACGACUUUGCCGACUCUAAGUUCGGAUACGGCCAGGCCCAAGAGAUGGUGAUGGACCUGUCUUUCGCCCAGGCUGCCCGUGGGGUCAACAAGGAUGUGAACGUCAACGUGGUUGACCAGUGCCCCAAGUGCGCUGGCUCGAAGUGCGAGCCAGGCACCAAACCCGGUCGAUGUCAGUACUGCAAUGGGACCGGAUUUGAGACCGUGUCAACGGGUCCAUUCGUAAUGCGUUCCACCUGUCGCUACUGCCAAGGUACCCGGCAGCACAUCAAGUAUCCGUGCAGCGAGUGCGAGGGCAAGGGACGCACGGUCCAGCGCAGGAAGGUCACUGUUCCCGUACCAGCUGGUAUUGAGAACGGACAAACGGUGCGUAUGCAGGUGGGCAGCAAGGAGUUGUUCGUCACCUUCCGCGUGGAGCGCAGCGACUACUUCCGGCGCGAAGGUGCCGAUGUGCACACGGAUGUGGCCAUCUCCCUGGCCCAAGCGGUGCUUGGUGGCACUGUUCGUGUUCAAGGCGUCUACGAAGACCAGUGGAUCAACGUGGAGUCGGGUACUUCGUCACAUCACAAGAUAAUGCUACGCGGAAAAGGUCUGAAGCGGGUGAAUGCCCACGGACACGGAGAUCACUACGUGCACAUCAAGAUCGCGGUGCCUAACAGCCGAAAGCUGAACAAGGAGCAACGGGAUCUGAUCGAGGCUUACGCCGAGCUGGAGGAGGAUACUCCCGGCCAGAUCCACGGAAUCACGAAUCGCAAAGAUGGCAGUAAGAAAGCAACCGCAGGAGCGAGUAAGGGGUCAGGAGCAGGAGAAGCUGCAGCCAGUUCAGAAUCUUCCAAACCAGGAGAAGGACCAGCAGAAACAAAAAGCAAAGACCAGCGGACGGACCCAGAAGAAACCAAAGCGAAAGAAGACGGCGGAUCAGGAUCUGGACAAGGCGACGGCGGAGGCUUCAUAAACAAAAUCAAGUCCAUGUUCAACUGACAGUGUUUGGCUACUGUUUGUUUAGUGUCUAAGUUAGCGCACGUUAUUGUUGCUAAAGCUUAAUCUAAGUUCGGGCGGGAACCGAGGGUAUGUAUUCCAAAUACGAGUUGGUUCGAGAUGAAUAAACCAAAUUGACCGUCAA